GGAAACCUCGAGAGUAUAAAAGUUAGGUAAAUAAGAAGAAAAGAUCUAACAUUUCUCUUGGCUUAUUUGCUGUCAUGCACUAUAAAGUAGUCUGUUUACUGUGUAAGAUACAGACGAUCUCUGAUCAUAUCUUUUUACGGGCAUCUGUCAUCUCUACAUCAUUCCCCAGGAGUUGCCUAAGGAAAUGUGCAUGUGACCCAUUUAGAUGUGUUUUAGUCUUGUAGAUCUAAUAAUUGUUCAAAUAUACCAUAGUUUCUUUUUUAUUUUCUACAAAUGAAGAGUUUCAUUGCAAAACGAGAUAACCACCGUUUUUUUAAUUGCUCAGAAAUCUCGUUUUUUGGUUGUGCAUUCCAAUUAAUUUCAAUUCAACUGCAGUUGGUUUGUUUUGAUUUAAACCUUCAUAACUUAAAAAAUACAGCUAAGUAGCACCAUAAAACAAAAUAAUAACAUGAUAACACAAUAAUAAACAUGUUUUGACAAAAAUGUAAAAAAAUGGAUUUAUCUUGUUUUGCAACGAAACUCUUCAAAUAUUCAACUCAUUAAAGCCUAAUAAUAGAAGAUGGAUUUUAUAUAGCCUAGAAAAAAGAUUAUCUAAUUUAUGUGUUGAGUAAAUAAUGAAAGGGCUUUUCCAUGGUUCUGUCUGUAACUGAUUGAUUUCAUUUGCAUAAAAUGAGAGCUUAACAGGUGUAAAAGUCACCUGAAAGUCACAUUUGACACUUUCAUGUAGUUUUGUUGAUCGUGAUCAGAUUUGUUUCAUUACUCAAGUGAUUUAUAAAAGAGGCUUUAAGAUUCAAAAAGUGUAAUAAAAUUUACAGUAACUUUAUUAUUAUUUAGGAAAUACCAUUUAUUUAGUUUUUUUGCAAUUACAUUUAGACCUAUUUAACUUUGUCUGUUUGAAAUAUUAAGUUUCAACAUCAAUCUUUAUCUUUCUCUGGAAAUUUACAUCAUAAUGUGAUUUUUUAUGUGUGACGUUCAUGUGAUGGUAUCAUGCGAGCUCUAUAUGACUGCAGUGGAAAGAAUUUUUUUUAGUAAAGAUGACAUGUGAGGGAAAGAAAACAAUAACAGUUGAUUUCACAUGCAGACUGGACAAUAUCUAUUGUAUAAACUUAAGUCUUAUCAUCUGAUGAGCAUCAUCACUAGCGUAAGAAACUCUAGAGCAGACAGUGUUGUGCUCGAAGGUGUGUUUUAAAUAUUUACACACAAAGACCCGUCAGACACGUUUUUACUUUACGCAAAACACGCAGACACACAACUUUGAAGAACUGAAGACAGAUAAAAGUUUAAAGAACCGCCCACAGAGCCGGCCACACAUAUAAAUGCUGAGGAUCUUUUUCUCUGUCAUAUCCUUCAUCUUGCUUUCUUCAGAUUACUACAAAUAUUGAAUCCAGACUCUUGUAAAUAUGCCUGCCAGUAUGUGUGGUACAUGGGAUAUGCUCAGCAAUGUCAACUUUGAAGGAUACAUGAUUGCUUUAGGAAUCGGCUUGUAUACCCGCAAGGUCGCCCUAAAGCUGAAACUGCGUAAAGUGAUCGAGCAGGUGGGGGAUCAGUAUGUCAUCAAGACCCUCAGCACUUUCAGAAACUACGUUUUUUCAUUCAGGGUGAAUGAGGAGUUUCAAGAGUUUACCAAGGGACUGGAUAACAGACACUGCAAGUCACUGGUUCAAUGGGAGGGGAACAAGAUUGUGUGUGUUCAAAAUGGUGAGAAAAAGAACCGAGGUUGGGCACACUGGAUCGAGGAUGAUAAACUCCAUUUGGAGUUGUACUGUGAAGAUCAAGUCUGCAAGCAAGUUUUCAAACGGGUUGUCUGAGGUCCCGAGGAGGAGCUUACUACUUGAAAAAACACACAUACACUGAUGUAAACAAAACUGUUCAAUUCUUAAUCAAAGGAAUGUGGGGCAAGGGGAUACGACAUGUGUCCCAAAACCUAGACUAAUCAAUUACAACCAAUGAGACAUACAUACUGAGCAAGGACUGGUAAACAAUUGAAUACAUGGCCUCAAUUACAUUGUCACUAGAGGGCGACAUGAGACCAUUUACAAACACUGUAUCAUUGUAACUGUUCAAUCAAUGUAACAUUAGUUUGUCAACUGGAAACACUGUAUGCUUUGAAUGUUGUCAGUUGUUGUUUGCCUCCAUUUUCUAAUCACAUCAAAAAACAAGAGUUACAUUUACAAACAUGGAGAAAAGUGCUUACGUUUUCUUAAUAAUGGCCUGUAGCCAUAAUGCUGUUAGUGUGUAUUUGUUUAUGGGUUUGCCAGAAUUAUUUUACUUAAAUGUGACUUGUUAAUAUUGUUUUAUUGUA